AAAGAGGUACCUUAUUUUAUCUUUCAUAAUGCCCGCCAUCACCAAGUCGAAUAAGAAGAACGCUGAUAGCAUUAACACCAAGUUGCAGCUUGUCGUGCGAAGUGGAAAGCUUCUGCUCGGAUACAAAUCUGUUCUGAAAAGUCUGCGUAGCGGAAAGGCUAAGCUGAUCCUUGUUGCUACCAACUGCUCUCCUCUGAGAAAGUCGGAGAUUGAGUAUUAUGCUAUGCUCUCCAAGACCACUGUUCACCACUAUCAGGGAGACUGCAGUGAUUUGGGAACUGCUUGCGGAAAGAUGUUCAACUGCUCUGCUGUGUGCAUUUUGGAUGCUGGUGAUUCUGAUAUUCUCCGCAGCUUCGAGAAUUAAGACAUUACUAUAAGAGACCUCUUUCAA